CUCUGUCAUUCCUCUAGACUGAACAGGUCGUUGUAUCAGAAUAAUACGGUGUUUCGCUUCUCAACACUGAUCAUUCUUCGUUGUAGCCUCCUUCCGUCUUUCGGUCGUUCCUGCUUUCUACUUCCGGCACGUCCCCAAACCGUCCCGUAUCUUCUGUCCACUGUCGUCAUCUUCCCUCUUGAUGGUGGCCCAGGUUCCUCCCCACGUUGAUCUGCCAGUACUUCUCUUCGCAACAACUCUGCAGCCUCUAUUGAAUUCUCUGUCCUCUCCACAAGAUCACAACACUGUUGCCCAUCAUGUCCACGCCGUCAUCGAUCCAGAUCCCUGCCAAGGUCUAUGAGACCCGUCAGCACUGUGCUAAGGAGCAGAGCCCCUUGAGCUCCUCGUCCUCGACCUACUCGAUGUCCCCCCAGCCGCCUUCCUCUGCCACACCGUCCAAGGCUGCCCAGAAGAAGAAGGCUGUGCAUGAGCGUCGACCAAGCCUCCUAAGCCCCGCAAUUUCCAAAUCAGAGGCCACUACGAUCAAUAUUGGCGAUCCGGAUGGUCCGCCUCGUCUGAUCUCCUAUCUCUCCUCGAGCCAGGGCUUUGCCUGGAACCCCGAGAUCUUCCUGCCUUCCUAUAUCGAUGUCGACUACGUCCCGCUCGAAAACCGACGAGAACCUGUUGUUGAGAUCAUAGUCAGCGACGACGAGCGUCGAAAGUGGUUUCCCGACGGAAACUAGAUCAUAGUCGGGACUAUGGACGGGGCCUUUCACCCUACGUUUCCUACCGCUGGAAUAGCCUAGGACAGAAAUCUCUCGCGACACACAUAUCUUUACCUAGGCGCAACGGUCGGCUUCAUUAUGUUCACAUCGCACUCUUGGGGGCAACAUCACGACUCGCUAUUCGACGGGUUUGGGAGGCUGGGCACGGCGUACAUACAUCAUUCUUCAUAGCAAGGGAACAGGUCUUCUUUCUUUCUUUCCUUUUCCGCCCUUUCCUCUCCACCGAACGGAAGCCAGGGAGUCUCUGGUAUCAUCGUUCCUGUUCCCUCACACUUGGGGUCUCCGGCAGGUAUCGGUCUUCACUUCUCUCGUUGUCUGCUUAGCUGCCAUCAGAAACUAUUGGAUAAGGCGUUUUUGUUCUUUUUUGGGGCAUGGACACAUGCAGGGGCAGCAGGACACCAAAUGGGAGGAGGGUGAGUGUGGGAAACUGGCGGUAUGAUCAUCGGCCCCAGGGAGUGUAGUGUAUAUGUUUUUGGAACGGCCUAGAGUAUCACAUUUUCCACUCAUUUUGUGCUUCUUUAUGGAC